CUUUUAAGAGUCACACGAGAAAUAAUAAAAUAAAAAAAAAAAUGCAUGCCAAGGUUUUUGAAUAUUUUCUGGUUUACCCUCAACCAUGUCCAAUUCUGAUUUUCUUGCAAAGGCGAUUGAAAUCGUCAAAAAGGCAACUGAAGAAGACCACAGAGGCAACUAUAAGGAAGCAUACAGCCACUAUCAAAAUGCCCUCGAGUACUUUAUGACAGCUAUAAAAUACGAAAAGAAUGAUCGCUUAAAAGAUCCUAUCCGAAAAAGAUUUGUAGAGUAUCUGGAUAGAGCAGAAAUGCUAAAAGAUUUCCUGCACGAGCAAGAAAAGAAAAGGGAACCGGUGGGCGCCAAUGGCGUCUCCAAAAAAAAAAAGGGUGAACUAAGUCAGGAUGAGGAUGAUCCAGAUAUGAAAAAGAUGCGAGCUACUUUAACAGGCGCCAUUUUGACAGAAAAACCAAAUGUACGCUGGGAUGAUGUAGCAGGAUUAGAAGGUGCCAAGGAAGCGUUGAAAGAGGCCGUUAUUUUACCCAUCAAAUUCCCACAUUUGUUUACAGGACAACGUAAACCUUGGCGAGGUAUUUUAUUAUAUGGUCCCCCCGGUACCGGUAAAUCUUUUCUUGCCAAGGCCGUCGCCACAGAAGCCAAUUCCACCUUUUUCUCGGUUUCAUCCUCUGAUCUCGUUUCAAAAUGGCUUGGCGAAAGUGAAAGAUUGGUGAAACAAUUGUUUCAAAUGGCAAGAGAGAGUAAACCAUCCAUCGUAUUCAUUGAUGAGGUCGAUUCUUUGUGCGGUACGCGUGGUGAAGGUGAAUCGGAAGCAUCACGACGUAUCAAGACCGAAUUUCUUGUACAAAUGAACGGAGUGGGAAAUGAUAUGGAUGGUGUGUUAGUAUUAGGCGCAACAAAUAUUCCAUGGCAACUGGAUUCCGCUAUCCGAAGAAGAUUUGAAAAACGUAUUUAUAUCCCACUUCCUGAAUUACAUGCAAGAGCAACCAUAUUCGCUUUAAACGUGGGUUCAACACCAUGUACAUUAUCUCAAGCAGACUACCGAAAAUUAGCUGAAAUGACAGAAGGUUAUUCGGGUUCGGAUAUUGCUACAUUGGUUAGAGACGCCUUGAUGCAACCCAUUCGAAAAGUACAGAUGGCUACUCAUUUUAGAUGGGUAGAAGCUCCAUCAAGGAAGGAUCCAAAUCAAUUGGCUCGUUAUCUCACUCCCUGUUCGCCUGGUGCUCCGGGGGCACAGGAGAUGACUUGGGUGGAUAUCGAGCCCGAUCAAUUACU